GCCCACAGGCUCCCCACCCUAACUGCUGUGGAAGUACCAGAUGGAAUUGACUGGAAGAAAGUCUCGCAAUACGCCAUGGACAAGUAUAAGAUAGAGUUGGCUGGUGGUCUAGGGGCCUCGGCAGGAAAAGUGUGGCGACUUGGCUUUAUGGGAUACAAUGCGCAGCCAGAGAAUGUGCGAACUACUCUCCGUGUCCUGCAGGAGGGGAUCGAAUGGUACAGGAAUAGUCCCCAGUCUAAGUUGUAGACAGAUGGGCCCUCUCAUUGGACAAAUUAGUAUCCAAUCGGUGGGCUUGGAGCAAAGCUGGUGGAGAUGCCAAGUAAAAAACAGUUGUGGAUAAUGUUAACAACUGUUACAUUAAUGGAAGAUGUUGGCAACAAUAAUGGAUUAAGUAAACAACAGUAAAGAGAGAAACAAUAAGAAUGGAAGAUGAUAGCAACAAUAAUGGAUUAAGUAAGCAACAAAAAUGGAUGUGAACAACAAUGGAAUAAGUAAACAACAAUAGAAAAUGUAAACAACAACAGUAGAAGAUGUACACAACAAUAAUGGAUGAAGUAAACGACAACAAUGGAAGUUGUAAACAACAACCAUGCAAACAAUGAGGAAAACAACAAAGGAUUGAAUAAGCAGCAAAUGAAUAAGCAGAUAAAGUGAUGGUCACAAUGAUAAAGAUUAUAACUAGGAAUGAACAUAAAAUCUGAAACAACCAGAUAAGAAUUAUAAAAUACUGUUUCAAAAUUAUGGCUGUGAUUUCGUUCAUCUCUCUAAAUGUUGUCAACAUGAUGAAAUAAAAAAAGAAUCCAGAAUAUAAAGUAUUUCGAAAGUAUUUUAAAACUUGCUAAGAAUUUAAAUGCCUUGAAGUGUUUUCAUAUUUAUUUUUCCAAUCCUUCAAUGUGUAAAAUUUGGAUGAUGGUAUUGAGAAUGUUAACCCUGAUUACAAUGACAGCAGAGUUCUUGUUUAUCUCUUACUAUGAUUCACAUAAGAUGCACUUACUCCAUUUAUAUUUUAUUAUUUGUAAUUUGUUAUUUCUUUUCUUAUACAAGCGCUAUUGUUAUAUCAUACAGUAGGGAGAAAAGGAGGAGAUAAUACUUGUGUGUGUAUAUAUACUAGUAUAUUUACAAUUUCUUAGUAUAUAAGAUUUUAAAUUUCCACUACAGCAUUAAAUUUAACAGUUAAAAUGUAACAUAUUUGAUGAAAAUGUCAAGGAAUCCUCACACCAUUAAGAUUGCACUAAAUAUUUUUUUAAAUCAAGUGUUUAAUCCUUGUUGAUGAUAUAUUUAAAUAGAUACUAUUCUACAAAUGUGCACUUUCAGGAGGAGAUUUUUUAAAAAUUAACUAAAGAGCAGUAGUUUAAAGGUUUGGAUUUUAAAAAACUUAAAUAUUUGUGCAUGAAAUUUAGUGGGAUCUUUACUUUGUAUUCGUCCUCAUACCUCUCAAUUUUGAUGGGGACCAAGUGUUCUAGUACUAAAACAGGUCUAGAUGCAAUGGUUUGCUUAUCACAUUUUCAAUUGACUGAUCGAUUUGGAGGUUAUGCCAAGGAGGUUAUGUUUUCACCCCUGUUUGUUUGUUUGCCCGUCUG